AGGCUACAAACUACCAUACAGUGCAUGCGUUUUAUUAAAACGAAAGUAGAUAUUUUCGGAAAAUCCCGGGUUAAUAUCACCUUGAUGGAUUUAUGAUGAAUUCUCUUGCAAGUUAUGUCAAUCACUAAGGUUGGCCAGUGAAGCAGGUUUGACGGUACAUGGAAAGAGUACACAGAUCCUCCCCUAUACAUCAUGGAGCCUGUGGUGGAAAACCAGAAUGAAAAGUAUUUUCUUCGUCUACACCUGCUGGUGAUGAAAGCAUGCGAAGUUUUGCGAGCAAAAUUUGACUCCAUCGUCCCUCCUGCUAACCUUGCGAAUCAUCUCAAACUGAAAGCACACAAACACAUAUUACAACAGUUGAAGAAAAGACGCAAACUUUCAAAUAAACAAUACACUCUGCUUAAUCAAAACCCAGACUCUGGAAAAUUUGACAUCACUCUUUUAGUUUUACUUCUUAGAAGUGUCUGUAAUUUGGAUCCAAAACAUCCCAUAUGGAAAGAAAAGGAUAACAACAAGAUAACAAACACCAUGCGACAAGAUAUUGCAAGCCUUGUGCGGAUAAGAAACAUUCGAAACAAGUUAUUAUGUUAACACUAUAUGUAAACACUGGUAACGUUCAUGAAAAAAACCCUGCAACAUCCACUCACAUAAAACUUGCUAAUUCGUUGGUUUAAAUUAGUCAAAUUUUCUUUUUGAUUUGUCAAGGUUUAUCUAAUUAUGACUUUUGAAUUGCUCUCAUGUGCAAACGAUAACCUGUGCGGAAAUGUUAUUCAGUUUUAUACUAUUAAACCAAGGUAAUGAAUCAAUAUAUGCCAUGCACACGUCGCACACUUAACGCAAAAGGAGUUUGAAGAUGGUUGGAAUAUACUCGAAGACGCUAUGGUAAAGGUUGGGCAGUCCUGCGGCCAGAAUAACUGGAAAACUGAAAUAGAAGAACUGAAGACAAAAUCCCUUGACCUGGUUACAAUUAAGAUGAAUAAUCUCCGAGAACAAACACUUUGGUUCCUGAAGGAGAUAUGUAAUGAUGAAUUUUAUGUGGCAACUUCCCGCUUUAAAAAAGCCAAAAAAUUGCUUGAUAAAAAACGAAUCAUCGUUCUGACUGGCCAUCCCGGGGAGGGUAAGACUGCCAUGGCAGCAAGGCUGGCUCUUGCGAAUGAUACAAAGCCAGAGAACUGCGUGAGAUUAAAUUGAGCCAGAGAUUGGGAUGAAGUUGACUGGUCUUUAAAACUGUUUACAACAGUAAUCGUGGAUGACAUUUUCGGAGAAGGAGCGCUGAAUCAAAAGCUUGUACAUGAUUGGAAACCGGUUAUUCCGUUAAUGAUACUAGCGGCCAAAUGGGAAGGUUUGAAAAUAAUUAUUACCACUAGACAUUACAUUAAAGAGGAAGCCCUCGCAGAAAUGGACAAAUUAACAAUAUUUAAUGAGAAAUAUGGAAAUGUGUUGCUUUUGUCUUCAUCAAAGUUUUUGACGUUCAAAGAAAAGAAAGACAUUUUGGAGUCCAGAGCAAAGAAAAAUGAUUCUGAGAAUAUGAUGGAAGAUAAUGGUAUCAUGUAUGACGAUUGUGUCCGAAAAGCAGAAGGAGUGGUGGAAGAAGGAAAAACUAAAGAUCUUGUCUUUGGCUUUCCCCAGUGUGCGACAUUGUUUGUACGAAGCGAAGAGUUGAUCAGAUUGGGUUCUGAUUUCUUUAGUAAACCGGAAAAACACUUUAAAGCGUUUGUUGAUCAGUUGUUCAAAGGGGGAGACGAAAAACAAUUCCACAAGUCCUUAGCAUUGGUGGCAGUUUGGGCCGAGCAAAACAUGAGAAUAAAAGAGCGAGAUUUGCUAAAUGCAUUAAAGGUCUCAGAUCACAUAAAACAUGUGGCUGAUAGUUUCGGAAUUCCAAUUAGUAACGAUUUUUUGGAAACGUUAAAAUCUUCCCUGAAAAGCCAUGUUCAGGACCUUUUGCUGUUGAUCGAACAUUCUGGGGAAUAUACAUUCAGUCACACCGUAAACGGGGACAUAGUAGGAGUAGUCCUUGGAAGUCACAACAUCCUUCAAUGUCUUGCGCUUUGUCCCCGGGAUUUCUUGAUGGAACGUGUAACAGUCGUACAGAAUAACGAUGAACUUCGGGUGUUUAUACCAGAAUGUUAUCAUGGAGAUCUCUGUGAAAGGUUCGCACAAAUGAUUGGCCGCAAGAACUGCAAUUUUGUGGCAAAAGAAUCUUCAACACACGAAUUUCAGCAGCUUCAGCGUAAAGGUCGACGCUCCAAUACCGUUGAUGUGAUCAGUGACAUUGACUUUGGAAUUCUGAAACACAAUGCGUUUAAAGACGAAAUUUUUGUCAAGAAGUUCAUCGAGUAUAUUAAAAAACCCCAGCUUGAUAAAGAUCUCUUCACCGUUCCUGUGAUUAAAAUGACAGGGUACUUUCUUGACUAUGGAAUCAAAAUGAAAGAAAUGGUCAUGUUCCUUCCAGGAUACACUCUGUACGGAGGGCUACGUGUAUUGGCGAGAGAGUUGAUAGAGCAAGAGGUUUUCCCAAAGGACCAAAUCGACCCACUUCUGCUGGCAACACACUCGGGGGAUACUGAAAUGAUGAAAUUGCUACUGAGCCAUGGAGCCAAAGUGUCAGGCGAUACGAUUUAUGUGGCAAUGCACACGAAGAGAAAGAAUGAAUCUGAAAAUGUUCUCGACACAAUUGUGGAUUUCAAGGGAAUUGACAUAAAUGACAAAGGCAACUCUGUAAACGGAAAUUAUCCUUUGAUAGUGGCAGCAAGCAAGGGUUUCGUCAGUGCAGUUAAAUGUCUAUUGGAACAUGGAGCUGACACAAAGGUGAAAAAUGAUAAGAAACUCACAGCAUUGCACAGGGCAGUUAUUCAUAAACACACCGAUAUCAUCCAGCUUCUUAUUGAUCAUAAGGCCCCUGUGAACGAAAAAGGUGGGAAAUUGAAAAGGUCACCCCUACAUAUCGCUGCUGACCUGGGAAUGACAGAGGUCGUCGAAACAUUUUUAAAGUGCAAAGAUGUCAACAUAAGGAUCAAAGACCAUUGCGGGCAUUUUCCGAUAUUUCUUGCAGCGAUUAGGGGUCAUUGUGAAACAGUCAGGGUCCUCUUGAAUCAUGACAAAACUCAGGAUAGUCUUAGGAUUGCAUCUUAUGGCAAGAAAUCUUUCAUCAAGGGCAUGUCACUGUUUCAUGUCGCAGUUUGGAAAAACAACCGGAAGCUGAUCCAGAUGCUAAUUGACGAGAGGGCGAAUCCAAAUGUGAAAGAUUUCUUUGGACGGACCCCACUGUUCUUUGCAAUUAUGACCAACAAGAAAACUGCGACGCGCAUGUUGUUGCAAUAUUCGGACAAAGCAAUUGCUGAAAAACAAGGAUACACACCAUUACACGCCGCAAUCCAUAAAGGAAAUAUCAAAGUGGUAGCAAAACUUGUUGCUGAAGUAAAUGUGAACGCAGUUGAUCAUUUCGGCAGAACACCACUGCAUGUUGCAUGCGAAAAAGCCGAUGUAGAUACCGCGUUAAUGUUGCUGAAUCAAUGCGAUGCAGAUCCGUUUAUGGUUACAAAAAGGGGCGAUACGGUCUUCCAUAUUUUAAGACGAAAACAUGGAAACCAAAGUCACCAGGAGCAUUUAAGGCGACGUCUUAUUGAGAAGCUUUUGCUUGAGAAAGACCCAACGAUUUUUGAACGAGUGAAAAAUAUGCCCAAUAGGAGAAACGUUUUUAUAACGGACAUCGCGACGUUGCAAGAGACUGAUGAAAGAGAUAUCAAGUUACUGAGGCAAAGUAUAACAACUGUCUUUGGCGCGAUUAGCGAUGAUGAUGAUAAUGAUGAUUAUGAUAAUAACGGAGCUGGUAUAUCGGCAAAAUCUUCGAAAACAGUUCUACAUAGACAUGCCAAAAGGCGGAGCAUUGAUGAUGAUGAUGAUGAUGAUGAUGUUGAUUUGGAUGAGGAAGAUGAUCAUGAUAUUUUUGAUCAUUAUGAAGGUGAUUUCCCUUUUGGUGAUGAUGAAGAUGAUGAUGUUGAUUUUGAUGAUGAUGAUAAUGAUGAUGAUGAUAAUUUUGAUAUUGAUGAAGAUGAUUUUCCCGAUGAUGAUGAUGAUGGAGAUGAUGAUGAAGAUGAUGAUGAGUAUGAUGAUGAUGAUUAUUAUUGAUUGAUGAUGAUGAUGAUGAUGAUGACUUUUAGUUAAAGGAUAUUACCACAUUGAAGAUUAGUUUUCUAAUAUGUCAACCUUUCUGUAUAAGCAUUAAUUUUGCAUACGCAGAUAGCUUUGUUGUACAAUUUAUGUUUAUCAUUUGACAUUGGCUGUGACACGACUGAUAUCCGAAUACCUCAUGCACAAGUAAUAUAUUGGUGUUUUCUGGUUAGUUUUCCUACUGAUUCACUUUUUAAGUCGAGAAUUAAAACGUACCUGUUUCCUGAAACAGUUUUAAUGGUAACAUUUGCCCCCAACUCUCAAUAAACAUUGAGCACAUUUUACAUGUCUAAGGAAAAUCUAUAUUACGAAUUAUACACCAAUAUAAGCUACUCUUGGUUGUUUUAAGAAAACAGUCGAGUUAUUGUCAUUGUCUUGGUGUCGUCGGUUUUAACUUAGCUAUAACUAAAACAUACUUCCAGAUAUUAACAUAAAGGUUGUACACAUGUUCACGGUUCACAUUUUGAGCACGGUCCAUAACUCUGGCUUUAAUAAAUGUGCCCCUUGAUAGUUUGAAUUGAGGCAAUAAUUAAUUUUGCCGUAAUUUAAUAAACGUUCGAGGUAUUCACAUUACGUUUUGUACACAUGUUAUAUGUUCGUAAACAAGUAGCAAGGCCCAUAACUCUGCCAUUAUUUAUUGUCAAUCAAUGUUCCUUGAUAAUUUCUUAUUGUCUGAAUACAAGCACGCGAUAUACACAUGAAACAGUUUGCCAAUGUAACUUGGGCAGAAUACACAUGAGCAGCAAAGCCCAUAACUCUUAGCUUUGAUCCUUCCAGUCUUAUUUUGAAAAAUGGAUGAAAAACUAUAACUUGCACGCAGACAAGGUUCACAAGUUUAGCAAGGCUCGUGACGUUUACUUGAAUAAUUGUGAAGGUAUGCCCUAUGUUCGACUAAAAACAACAACUGACGAGCGUUGGCGAUCGCUCUUUGUUGUUUUGUAUUUUAAUUAGAAUUAUAUUAUUAGUUGUGAGUUAAAAUUAGUAAAAGAUAUUAAUUUAGAAAUUAAACUUCAGUUUUUACUAUUGUAUAAAGAAUUUUGUUUUUAUAAUACAUGUUUUACAGAUAAUCGCUGUUUACAUAUGUAUCAUCUUUCUGAAUUUAAAACAUUUUUGAGAAUAAUAUUUGUGCAACUGAACA